AUGCAGCAGAUGCAGCAGCAGAUGACUGAGAUGCAGGCCCAGCUGAAGUCCACGACCGCGGCUUCGUCCAGGGACCCUCAGCCGACCCUCGCGGUGGACACCCGCGUGAUCGGCAAGCCUAGGGAGUUCGACGGAGAGAAGGAUUGGAAAGAUUGGUCUAUCGUCAUGCGGUCCUAUGCCGCAUGCUGCCACGAGCAGCUUGGGACGUUGAUGAGGACGGCGGAGCUCUCUGAGGACCGCGUGGACAACGUGCACCUUUCUCCAGCAGACCGUCAGUUCAGCACCCAGCUGUUCUACAUGCUGGUGAUGGUGUGCCGUGGCUCUGCCCUCACGCGGGUGGUCAACCAAGGCACCACUGAGGGCCUCUUGGCGUGGAGGGCGCUCUGCCAGCAUCACGAGCCGUCAAGUGCGGCUCGCCAUGCCAGCUUACGCUUGGACCUCUUAUCCUUCAACUUCGAUGGUGACACCACUGCCAGGUUGGAACAGUUUGAGCGCGACGUCCACCGGUACGAGUUGUCAUCCAGCCUAUUGCUCGACGACGCCAUUAAGGUUGGCAUCGUCCUCCGGCAGCUGCCAGACGGAGCAUUGAAGCAGCACCUGGUCUUGAACAUGGACCGGUUCGACACCUGGACGAAGAUCCGCACUGAGAUUGAGGCAGUGCGCCGGGCUCAGCAGGCUGCGAGCCAUGGCGCUCGCCCGAUGGACGUCGACACUCUGGCGCUGCUGAGGCAGGUCCCGGAGGACGAGCUGACGAGGCAGCUGGCCGCGAUGGGGUUCCAGGUGAAGGGCAAGGGCAAGACAGGUGGAGGCAAGGGGAGAGACAAAGCUCCAACGACCAAUUGCCCCAUCUGCGACAAGCCAGGCCACUGGAAGAAGGACUGCUGGUACAACCCGGCCAACAAGGGGGCAGGGUCCGGCAAGGGAGCGCCACCCAAGGGCGGCAAGGGCAAGGACGCGAAGGACAAGUCCAAGGCGAACAACACCAAGAAGAAGUGUUGGAACUGCGGUGAGACGGGCCACCUUCGAGAAGAGUGCAAGAAACCAAAGAAGGUGCACUCGAUCGAAGAGGUCGUGGACGACCAGGGCGGAUCCCUAGGACACCUCUUCCUGCCGCUUUCGGCCGUGAACCUCGCGGGCGUCUCGUCCGAAAAGGGCCGCACGAUGCGCGUUGGCAUCGACUCCGGUGCUGCUGUGACGGCCGUGCCGGAUUGUCACUGCAAAGGGUACCCACUGUACAAGAAUACGCCCGGCACCGGCAGGUCCUACGAGAGCGCCGCCGGGGAGAAGAUUUUGGAUCGAGGACUGCGAGCGCGCGCGUGCAAGGUGAAGAAGCCCUUGCUGAGCGUGUACGACAUGUGCAAGGCAGGACAGAUGGUGGUCUUCGACUUUGACUCCAAUGGCAACGACAGGAGCCAUGCCAUCCACAAGGCGACCGGCGAGAAGACCAACUUUCAGCUCAGGAACAGGGUGCGGGAGUUGGAUCUGGAGGUCGUGCCGCACGGCCAGGCAGAGAAGAUCGCCACCAAGAUGUUGGACGACCAGAAGCAGCAGUCCAAGAAGGUGCAGGACGAGGCCGCGAAGUUGCAGGAUUUGUGCCCUUUCGAGGGGCAGGAGGACAACUCGGAGAAGGACCAGUCGCUCGAGAUGCACCCUGUCGAGGGCGACCCUGCAGUACCACAAGCUGCGUUUGGCCAGAGCCUUCCGGGGAACCCGAAUGUUCCAGGUGCGGCAGAUGAGCCUCACGACAUGGACGCCGAACAGCCUACACUGCGACCUCGGCGAGCCCCGGCUGAACCUACGCAGGCGGAGCGCGACGCGCACGAGUGCGCGGGCCACAUGCCGUACCGCUCCUGGUGCCGAGCGUGCGUGGCUGGACAUGGGCGUGCUGACCAGCACCACCCUGUACCAGGCGAUCCUCGUGGAGUACCUGUCGUGGCGUGCGGUUACGGCUACCUGGAGCGUCGUGAAGAUUGUCCGCCAGGGGGGAGCCCCUCCCCGAUCCUUGUCACCAAGGACGGAUCUCGUCCUGGAGCUGUCACGGCGGACGUGCUCCCAUGCAAAGGGACUGGCGACCCCGCCUGUGUGCCUGCGCUGCUUCGUGCGUAUGUUGCUGCCGGCCACCACAAGUUCAUCGCGAGGUCGGACGGUGAACCAGCGAUCGUGGACCUUAAGAGCCGGGCGGUGGCGACAGCACGAGCACGCCACAGCAUGGGCGUCAUCCUCGAGGAGACUCCGGAGGGGGACUCGCAGGCGAACGGGCUGAUCGAGAGCGCCGUCCGCGAUGUGAAGGCGACGGCUCGCACGCUCCGAUUCGCAGCUCAAGAGCUCCAUGGGUCCAGCAUCGGACCCAAGCAUCCGAUACUUCCAUGGCUCGUUCGUUUCGCUGGAGACGUCAUCACUCGAGGACAGCGGGGUGCAGAUGGCAUGGCGCCGUACCAGCGCCGCACCGGCCGCGUGUACAGCGGACUGUUCGUGAACAUCGUGGAGAGGAACAACGAGCUCUUCAUCGCCACGCGCGACGGCGACAAGAGGGCGAAGGCUGUCCAGCGGUUCGCUGCUGCCGAGCGGGCCGACGCGGACCUCCUGGCGAACAUACGUGGGACGCCCUGGCAGCCGAUCCCCAGCGUCGGCUUGGACGUCGUCCCGACCGUCAUCUACGCUGACCCCGUGGUGAGCGAGGACGCGUUGCCACCAGGGCCGGCCCCUGGGCAGCCUGCCCCAUCUGGGCGGCAGGUUUACAUACGUCGUCACGUGGAGUUGCAGCGGCAUGGCUUCACUGAAGGCUGUGCCGGAUGCGACACCGCGCGUGCGGGCACAGCCGCGCGCCCCCACAGCGCAGCCUGCCGCGACAGGAUCGAGCAGGCCAUGAUGGCAGACGAGGCUGGACGCCCACGGAUCACGGAGGCGUUUUUGAGACGUGGCGACGCCGUGGCUGCAGGUAGCCCUGCGCCCGGCGACGCUGUGGCCGCGGGUAGCCCCGCGCCUGGCGGCACUGUGGCCGCGGGCAGCUCCGCGCCUAGUGCCCCGGCGGUCGCCGGCAUCCCAGCGCCCGUGGACCCGGCGGCUGCGGUUAGCCCCGCGCCGGAGGUCCCUAUGGAGGCCUCCGCUCCAUCACCUGCGGUCCUUGCAGCGGGUAGCACCGCGCGAGGGCGCCUGGAGGCUGCGGGAAGCUCCGCGCCUUCGGGCAUGGCCGUGCGCAGGCCUGCGGAAGUGCCGCUGGAGGGCGCAUCGCCGCCUAGGAGGGCGCGCCGGGGGGCUGACGUGGAGAUCGGCGGCGUGGAUUUGACCAGCGAGUCGACGCACUUUCUUGGCGAGCUCUCUUCGGUGUUGUCUUCGUUUGGCGUGUGCCGGACAGGCGUUGCAGGGGUUUUCGGGCCAGGGCGGUUCACGAGCCGCUCGUCUGCUUUCGACCCCCCGCCUGGCACUGCCAUGGACGUCCGUUCUGGAUACGAUUUCACACAGGCUGCCGAGCGAGAGCGGGCCCGCGAGACCAGACAGAGGGAGAGACCGGCGCUGCUCGUCGGUUCGCCUCCCAACGUGGCCCUUUCUGCCAUGCAAGGCCUCGCUCCGGACAGCCAGGAGUGGAAGCAGAAACUUGCAGAGGGCCUCACUCAUCUUGAAUUCGUUUGUGAUCUGUACAAAGACCAAAUGAAGGACGGCUUGUUCUUCUUGCACGAGCAUUCGGCCUCUUCUGCAAGUUGGGACCUGUGGAUGGUCCAGGAGAUCGCUGGCAUGGAGGGCGUGCGCACCGUCCUUGGAGAUCAGUGCCCCUACGGCCUUUGGUCUGUUGAUCUGUACGGGCCGGCUUUCGUCCAGAAGGCUACCAGAUGGUUUACCAAUUCUGCGGCCAUCGCACGUGCCGUCGGCAGCCGGUGCACUAACCGAGGCUGCCCGGACAACGCGCGGAAGCAUAGGCACUGCCAGCUGAUCGAAAACCCCCGGACUUGGAGGGGUAGAGAACGCUACCCCCUCAAGCUCGCGACUGCGAUCCUCGAGGGAUUGUGGGGGGAGCUGAACGCUAAGCACGUGUUGUUCUCAUUUGAGGCGGGCGCUCACGUUGAUGAGCCCGACGCCUGGGACAUCCACCCGGAGUGGUACGGCCACGUCGUCGACGCCACGACUGGCGUGAAGUUGGACGCAGUGCUUGUGUCCAAGGCCCGCGGUGAGGAGAUGGACUUCCUCAGCGGCCUGGGCGCGUACUCCUACGACACCGUCGACAGGUGCAUCGAGGAGACAGGGCGGCGCCCCAUGCCCACCGGAUGGGUUGACGUCAACAAGGGGCAGCCCGACGCACCUCAAGUGCGAAGCCGGCUCGUGGUGAAAGAAACGAGGUAUCACACGAACCUCGACACGAGCGGCGGCAGCAGCUUCAGCCAGACACCGCCCUACGAGGCGUUACGGAUGCUGUGUAGCUGCCAGAUGACACCCGCCAGCCAGAUGCAGGUAGACUACGUCAUCAUCUUCAUUGACAUCACCCGUGCACACCCUCAUUGUAAGAUGCGCCGUAAAGUCUGGGUGGUGUUGCCGCCAGAGGACCCCGAGGCGGCGGAACCUGGCGCGCGUGGACUCCUUGAGCGGAGCCUGUGCGGCUUGCGCGACGCCGGACAGUCGUUCGAGCUGCUCGUCCGCGAGACCAUGGAGGCCCUCUGUUUCAAGGCAGGCCUGUGGUGCGGCGUAGUGUUCUUCCACGAGCAGCGGCAGAUCCAGGCGUACGUGUGCGGUGAUAACUUCGUAGCGCGUGGAUCUCGUGCAGAGGUCCGCUGGUUCCACGAAUCACUAUCUGUUCACAUGUGGGCCAAGGUGGAGGGCAUUCUCGGCCCGGAUCCAUCGCGAGGCGACUCCCUGGAGGUCGUCUGCCUCAACCGGGUGUUCCGGUAUGUCAGCGCAGCCGGAAACGAACCCGAGCGCAUCGAGAUCGAAGCGGAUGCACGGCAUGUGGAGAUCUUGCUCCACCAGGCCGGCCUCUCUGCGGGGCGCAGCGUGCCCCUCAACACGCCGGGCGCUGCGGCGAAGGACGUGGACGUCGGGGGGCCGCUGGGCGCCGAGGCGGCGACGCUGUUCAGAAGCAUGACGACGAGGGCGCAGUAUCUCAGCGAGGACCGCCCUGACAUUCGCUUUGCUUGCAAGGAGAUUGCCCGCUUCAUGGCGGAACCCUGCGAGCUGGGGGCGAAGAUGCUCAAGAGGCUGUGUCGCUAUCUUCUGGGAGUCCCACGACUCGUCCAGAGGAUGGAGCGGCAGGAGGUGCCGACGUUCAUGGACGGCAUCUCGGAUGCAGACUUCGCUGGCUGUUCAAGGACACGGAAGAGCACGAGCUGCCACGCGAUCAAGAUGGGCAGCCAUACGAUACGCUUUGCGAGUGCCACGCAGAGCGUGAUCGCACAGAGCAGCGGGGAGAGCGAGUACUAUUCCCUCGUGCGGUGCGCUUCGGCACUCAUCGGCAUGGGCAACUUGAUGCGCGACCUCGGGCGCGAGUUGCCCCUGCGCCUCCUGGGAGACGCAACCGCCGCGAGCGGCAUGGCUUGCAGGCGGGGCGCUGGGCGAGUACGUCACAUCGAAGUUGGGACGUUGUGGCUCCAGCAGAUCAUCACUGGGGAGAAGAUGGUCCUGGGCCGGAGGCCCGGCAAGGAGAACGAGGCAGACCUCGGCACCAAGCACCUGGCUCUACGCGAGCUGUGGGAGUGCUUGGCCCGGCUUGGCUUCGUCGCCAUGGGCGGCCGUUCCGAGAAGUCCCUGCGUGCCUCCAUCGCGCACUUGGGCCUCAAGUUGGAGGUGGCGGCGAUGGCGGGCGGAGAGUGCGACCUCGACAAGACGCGCCAGGCGCUGUGCGCACGUUGCCCCGCUGGGGCAAUCAGGGAGCUUGGCGGUGCCAAGGGGCGUCGGAGCGACCAGCGCGCCGGCCUCUACGACGAGACGGAGGAGCCCGACGGCGACGGCAUCCACGAGGCCCACGAGCGCUCGGACAUCGCAGAGAUCGCGGACCAGCUGACGAGCCUGACGGACAAGGGCGACUCGAUAUUGCUUGGCGAGGCGGGGGGCUCCGGGGGCUCCGAGGCGGCCGCGGGCGAGGGCGACGCUGGCCCUGUCAAGCGUCCCGCUGGGUGGGGCGCCAUCGGGGCCGCCCCGGCGCUCGGGCCUGGUCAGCCGCCCAGCGCUCCCCACGUGUGGGACAUAGGCCCGUCGCCGCGCGCCCCGCUGGCGAAGGCGGCCAGGGCGGCCAUGCUUCCGCCACCCGCAGGAGCCACUUAG